AUAUGAGCAGUGAGAGAAAGGCGCUGCUGGAGAGAGCUUACCCAGAAGUCCUGGCGUUCUGUCGCAGUCUGGGCCUGGUGUUGGAGGUGCUGGAUCUGCGUUGGGGGAUUCGUAACGUUUCCUCUGGAGACCACGACUCCUGUGAGAUCUUCCUGCAGGAGAUCCAGAGCUGCCAGAGGAUCUCAGCUGGUCCAGAUUUCAUCGCCCUGCUGGGGAGCAGGUACGGCCACCGAGCUCUUCCUCGCCUCGUCCCAGAGAAACACUUUGAGGUUCUUUUGUCCAAACUUUCCAAAAACCCUGAAGGCGUCAAACAGCUGAGUCAGUGGUUCCUAAAAGACAGCAAUGCUGUCCCGCCCACAUACGUCCUCCUGCCAAUCACGGCGCACUUCCCCCACUACAGUGACCUCCGACCCGAGAGUAGGCCUCAGCACGACAACAGCGUCCUUUCCUGGCGUUUCACAGAGAAUCAACUGUUGCAGCUCCUACGAUCUGCCGCCACCGCCGCUGAGGCUGCUGGUGACAUCACAGCUGAGCAGAAACAACAGUUCUUCACAUCAGUCACAGAGCGAGAGUUCCAGCAGGGUCUGUGGAAAGACGACAGCAAACCGUCAGCUCUGCUCUUCGUCCGAGAGAUACCCCGGCAGAGGGUGAGGGAUGGCCCCAAACGUCUCGCCAAGUACAUGGACGUGACCACCGACGGGCUGCUGGACGCAGAAGCACAGGGACUCCUCGCCGACCUCAAGUCUCGCCUCUACACCUCGUCCAAGAAGUUCCUCAACCUGCACUGUGUGGAGCUGAGCAAGGGGAGCAUCGACCCCAAACGCAAAGAGCACGCUCAGUACCUGGACAGCGUGUGCGAGCAGUUUGUGUCACAGAUGAAGUCUUGCAUCGCGGCGGCGGUCGACUCUCCAGCCGAAGGGAGACGGAGGAAGAUGUGGGGAAGCAUCGAGGAGGAAACGUCAGACUGGAUGGACGAAGAGAUUGGAAAAGAUGUCGCCAGAAGUGAGGAGCUCUGCAGGGGUCUCAUUGGUAGAGAGGGACUUCUGGGUAAGCUUUGCCUCGCCAUGUGGGAGUCCACCAAUUCCCGCCAUGGCCCUCUGGUCGUCCACGGGGCUGCUGGGAUGGGGAAAACAGCUCUGCUCUGCAAACUGGCGCAGGAGACGCAGCGCGUCCUGAAGGCCGGGUCAGUGAUGGUGAUCAGGCUGCUGUCAGCUCGCCAUCCUCAGAGACCAGACAUCGACCAUGUCCUCCGCAGCAUCUGCCUCCAGGUGUGUCUGGCAUGUGGCCUGUCUCCGCCCUCGCCGCUGAUGGCCGGCACUCACCUGGAGCUGCUUAGGUUCUUUAGGAACGUCCUCGCUCAGGUCUCCCAGCAGGGGAACACUUUGUUCCUCAUCCUGGACGCCGUGGAUCAGCUGUCAGACCAGCAUCACGCUCACAGACUCUGCUGGCUGCCCACCCUCCUGCCACCCAACAUCCACCUGGUGGUUUCCAUGGAUACCAGCAGCGAGGCAUUUGCUAACAUGCAGCUGAAGGUGGAGUCUUUGGGGAGCUUCUUUGAGGUGGAGCGUUUGUCUCGUAACGAAGGGAAACAAAUUGUGGAGUCGAACCUGCGAGCGCAGCAGCGCACUUUGACCCCGGAGCAGAGCGACGCUGUGCUGCAGAGCUUCGAGUCGAUGGGCCGUCCACUCCACCUCAGGCUGAUCCUGUCUGCCGCCAAACGCUGGUCCUCCUUCACCCCGCUCACAGAGAUACACCUGAGCGCCAGCACACAGGAAAUGAUGUCACAGCUCUUCCUGAUGCUGGAGGAGAAACAUGGGAAGGAGCUGGUGGGCGGAGCCUUAGGAUACCUUGCUCUGGCCAGGUGA